AUGCUUGCGCAAACAAUCAGAGCCUCGCGCUCAUCCCUCGCCCGCGCUGCCCGACAGCAUGCCGUCAUUUCCCGUCGAACCCUCAUCGCACCCACAGCUGUCCGCCAAGCCGAUCUGGUCCAGGACAUGUACCUGCGAGAGCUGAAGAACUACAAGCCACAACAAAUCAAACCCUCCGAUGCCGAAGGUCACGUCCAGAAAUUCUCCGUUCCGAAGCCCCCACCGUCGCCGGAAGAGAGCGACAUUGCGAACGACCUGAAGUCGUACGAGAACCAGACUGUCGAGGUGGAGGGUCAGUCAGCUGAGGGUACUGCUGCUCCGGAGGAAGACUGGUUCGAGGAUGAAGAGGAAGAGGCUGUUGUUCCCCCAGGGGCAACCCAUUAG